CACCUCUUUCCCAGGAUGGCAGACCCCAUCAUGGACCUUUUUGAUGACCCCAAUUUAUUUGGCCUGGACUCUCUGACUGAUGACAGCUUCAACCAAGUCACACGAGACCCCAUAGAAGAAGCUCUUGGGCUACCAAGUACCCUGGACUCUUUAGAUCAGAUGAACCAGGAUGGUGGAAACAGUGACUUGGGAAGUUCAACAUCAAGUGGCCUGCCCCCUCCAACAGAAGAAACCCCCCCUUCAGAACCUCCCAAAGAAUCAGUAACUCCAGCCCCAGAGUCACUCACCUUGCAUGACUAUACCACUCCACCAGUGGGCCAGGAACAACCCAAUCAAACCAUCUUACAGGCACCACCACCGCCAACAGGACUUCUUCAGGUCUCCAAGGGCCAGGAGAUCCUGAGCCAAGGAAAUCCUUUUAUGGGUGUCUCUGCUACAGCUGUCUCCUCCAGCAGUGGUGGGGGGCAACCCCCUCAGACAGCACCCAAGAUUGUCAUCCUCAAGGCCCCACCUGGAACCUCAGUCACAGGUGCUCAUGUGGCACAAAUCCAAGCCCAGGCCAUCACCAGCACAGCACAGCCUUUAGUGGCUGGCACAGCCAAUGGUGGUAAAGUCACUUUUACCAAGGUGCUAACUGGUACUCCUCUUAGACCAGGUGUCUCCAUUGUUUCUGGCAAUGCAGUCUUGGCCACUAAGGUCACUGGAGGCCAGGCCACAGUGCAGCGAAUUGUUCAACCCAGCCGGCCAGUAAAGCAGCUGGUCCUGCAGCCGGUUAAGAGUUCUACCACAACUGGAAACCCAGGGACUGGAGCAACACCAAUGAAGCCUGCUGUCACACUGACCUCAGCUCCCACUCAGGGUGAAUCAAAGCGCAUCACUCUGGUUCUCCAGCAGCCUCAGUCAGGAGGGCCUCAAGGCCAUCGGCAUGUCGUGCUGGGGAGUCUGCCAGGCAAGAUUGUGUUGCAGGGCAACCAGCUGGCAGCCCUGACUCAGGCCAAGAAUGCCCAGGGGCAGCCUGCCAAAGUAGUGACUAUCCAGCUGCAGGUGCAGCAGCCACAGCAAAAGAUUCAGAUUGUACAGCAGCCACCCUCAUCCCAGCAGCAGCAGCAGCCACCCUCAGCCCAGCCAGUGACCCUCUCCUCGGUGCAGCCAGCCCAGAUUAUGGGACCAGGACAAAGCCCAGGCCAAAGACUUACAGUACCACUCAAAGUGGUGCUUCAGCCUCAGGCUGGCUCUUCCCAAGGGGCCUCCUCAGGCCUGUCAGUGGUUAAAGUGUUGAGUGCCAGUGAAGUGGCAGCUCUGUCUUCCCCAGCAGCCCCUGCUCCUCACACCGGGGGCAAAGCUGGUGUAGAGGAAAACCGGAGGCUAGAGCAUCAGAAAAAACAAGAGAAAGCUAACAGGAUAGUGGCAGAGGCCAUUGCCAGAGCCCGGGCCCGAGGUGAGCAAAAUAUCCCACGAGUCUUAAAUGAAGAUGAGUUACCCAGUGUCAGACCUGAGGAAGAAGGUGAGAAAAAACGAAGGAAGAAGAACACUGGAGAGAGGCUCAAGGAAGAGAAACCAAAAAAGAGCAAAGCUUCUGGUACCUCCAAGUCUAAGGGCAGGAGUAAGUUAAACACCAUCACUCCUGUGGUGGGUAAGAAGAGGAAACGCAACACCUCAUCUGAUAAUUCUGAUGUGGAAGUCAUGCCUGCACAAUCACCCAGGGAGGAGGAAGAGAGCAGCAUUCAGAAGAGGCGCUCAAACCGACAAGUGAAGCGAAAAAAAUACACAGAGGAUUUGGACAUUAAAAUCACAGAUGAUGAGGAGGAAGAAGAGGUGGAUGUGACUGGUCCAGUGAAGUCUGAGCCCAUUUUACCUGAGCCAAUUCAGGAACCUGAUGGCGAGACAUUGCCAUCCAUGCAGUUCUUUGUGGAGAACCCCAGUGAAGAAGAUGCAGCCAUUGUGGACAAAGUGCUUUCUAUGCGGGUGGUGAAAAAGGAGCUUCCUUCUGGACAGUAUACUGAAGCAGAGGAAUUUUUUGUCAAGUAUAAGAAUUAUUCUUAUCUGCACUGUGAAUGGGCCACUAUCUCUCAAUUAGAAAAAGACAAGAGGAUCCAUCAGAAACUUAAGCGGUUCAAAACCAAAAUGGCUCAGAUGAGACACUUCUUUCAUGAGGAUGAAGAGCCCUUCAAUCCAGACUAUGUGGAAGUGGAUAGAAUAUUGGAUGAGUCUCACAGUAUUGACAAAGACAACGGUGAGCCCGUAAUUUACUACCUGGUCAAAUGGUGUUCUCUGCCCUAUGAGGACAGUACAUGGGAACUGAAAGAAGAUGUAGAUGAGGGCAAAGUCCGAGAGUUUAAACGGAUCCAGUCAAGGCAUCCAGAACUCAAAAGGGUGAAUCGUCCUCAGGCAAGUGCCUGGAAGAAAUUAGAAUUGUCACAUGAAUACAAAAACCGAAAUCAACUACGAGAAUACCAGUUAGAAGGGGUCAAUUGGCUUCUUUUUAACUGGUACAACAGGCAGAACUGUAUCCUGGCAGAUGAAAUGGGGCUGGGCAAAACAAUUCAGUCCAUUGCCUUCCUACAAGAGGAAUAUAAUGUAGGCAUCCAUGGCCCCUUCUUAGUCAUUGCCCCACUCUCUACAAUUACCAACUGGGAAAGGGAGUUCAAUACAUGGACAGAGAUGAACACUAUCGUGUACCAUGGCAGUCUGGCCAGCCGGCAAAUGAUCCAGCAGUAUGAAAUGUACUGCAAAGAUUCACGGGGGCGGCUUAUCCCUGGGGCAUAUAAGUUUGAUGCCUUGAUUACCACUUUUGAGAUGAUCUUGUCAGACUGCCCAGAGCUCCGGGAGAUUGAAUGGCGUUGUGUCAUUAUUGAUGAAGCUCAUCGACUCAAGAAUCGAAAUUGCAAGCUGCUUGAUAGCCUCAAACACAUGGACCUGGAGCAUAAGGUGCUGCUCACAGGAACACCACUGCAAAACACUGUGGAAGAACUUUUUAGCUUGUUACACUUCUUGGAACCUUCACAGUUUCCUUCAGAAUCAGAGUUCCUCAAGGACUUUGGUGAUCUCAAGACAGAAGAGCAGGUACAGAAGCUGCAAGCCAUUCUGAAGCCAAUGAUGUUGAGAAGGCUUAAAGAAGACGUGGAAAAAAACCUAGCUCCCAAACAGGAGACAAUUAUUGAAGUGGAGCUAACUAACAUCCAAAAGAAGUAUUAUCGUGCUAUCUUGGAAAAAAAUUUUUCCUUCCUUUCCAAAGGUGCAGGCCACACAAACAUGCCCAACCUACUGAAUACAAUGAUGGAGCUACGUAAAUGUUGUAAUCAUCCAUAUCUCAUCAAUGGCGCCGAGGAAAAAAUCUUAACAGAAUUUCGGGAGGCCUGCCAUAUCAUCCCCCAUGACUUCCAUCUCCAGGCCAUGGUCCGCUCAGCUGGUAAGCUGGUUCUCAUUGACAAGCUACUUCCAAAACUCAAAGCUGGUGGCCAUAAGGUGCUGAUCUUCUCCCAGAUGGUUCGAUGCCUGGAUAUCCUGGAGGAUUAUCUGAUCCAGAGAAGAUACUUAUAUGAGCGAAUUGAUGGACGUGUGCGAGGCAAUCUACGUCAGGCUGCCAUUGAUCGUUUUAGCAAACCUGAUUCUGACCGAUUUGUCUUCUUGCUCUGCACCCGGGCUGGUGGCCUUGGUAUCAACCUUACAGCUGCAGAUACUUGCAUCAUCUUUGAUUCAGACUGGAACCCACAGAAUGAUUUACAGGCCCAAGCACGUUGUCAUCGAAUAGGGCAAAGCAAAGCUGUGAAAGUUUACCGCCUUAUCACUCGAAAUUCUUAUGAGAGGGAGAUGUUUGAUAAGGCCAGCCUUAAGUUGGGAUUGGAUAAGGCAGUACUUCAGUCCAUGAGUGGUCGGGAUGGCAACAUCACUGGGAUUCAACAGUUCUCCAAGAAGGAGAUUGAAGACCUCCUGAGGAAAGGUGCUUAUGCAGCUAUUAUGGAAGAAGAUGAUGAGGGUUCCAAGUUUUGUGAGGAAGAUAUUGACCAAAUUUUACUAAGGCGUACCACUACCAUCACCAUUGAAUCUGAGGGGAAAGGGUCCACUUUUGCUAAGGCAAGUUUUGUUGCUUCUGAAAAUAGGACAGAUAUUUCUCUAGAUGAUCCUAACUUCUGGCAAAAAUGGGCUAAAAAAGCUGACCUAGAUAUGGAUUUGCUCAACAGCAAGAAUAACUUGGUGAUUGAUACCCCAAGAGUGCGUAAGCAAACAAGGCACUUCAGCACUCUGAAAGAUGAUGACCUAGUAGAAUUCUCAGAUCUGGAAAGUGAGGAUGAUGAGCGACCUCGAUCCCGACGACAUGACAGGCAUCAUGCCUAUGGACGCACUGAUUGCUUCCGGGUGGAAAAGCACCUCUUGGUGUAUGGCUGGGGUCGCUGGCGUGAUAUUCUGUCCCAUGGGCGGUUCAAACGACGAAUGACUGAACGGGAUGUGGAGACAAUCUGCCGUGCCAUUCUUGUAUACUGUCUUCUUCACUACCGUGGGGAUGAAAACAUCAAAGGCUUCAUUUGGGACCUGAUCAGCCCUGCAGAGAAUGGCAAAACAAAAGAACUGCAGAACCAUUCAGGUUUGUCUAUCCCAGUGCCCAGGGGACGCAAAGGGAAGAAAGUGAAGUCUCAAAGUACCUUUGAUAUCCACAAAGCAGACUGGAUCCGGAAAUAUAACCCCGAUACCCUCUUCCAGGAUGAAAGUUAUAAGAAACACUUGAAACACCAAUGUAACAAGGUAUUGUUGCGAGUACGCAUGUUAUAUUACCUGCGACAAGAGGUGAUUGGUGAUCAGGCAGAGAAGGUGUUGGGAGGUGCCAUUGCUAGUGAGAUUGACAUAUGGUUCCCAGUAGUGGAUCAGUUGGAAGUCCCAACAAAUUGGUGGGAUAGUGAAGCUGACAAGUCCUUGCUCAUCGGAGUUUUUAAGCAUGGCUAUGAGAAAUAUAAUACAAUGAGAGCAGAUCCAGCCUUAUGCUUUCUGGAAAAGGCUGGCCGGCCAGAUGACAAGGCCAUUGCAGCAGAACAUCGAGUGUUGGACAAUUUUUCUGAUAUUGUAGAAGGGGUUGACUUUGAUAAGGACUGUGAAGAUCCUGAAUACAAGCCACUUCAAGGCCCCCCAAAGGACCAAGAGGAUGAGGGUGAUCCUUUGAUGAUGAUGGAUGAGGAGAUUUCUGUGAUUGACAGUGAUGAAGUCCAGGUGACCCAGCAGCCAGGUCAUCUCUUCUGGCCUCCAGGCUCAGCUCUGACAGCCAGGCUCCGGCGUCUGGUUACAGCCUAUCAACGUAGCUACAAGCGAGAACAGAUGAAGAUAGAGGCAGCAGAGCGUGGGGACCGGAGGCGACGACGUUGUGAGGCAGCCUUCAAACUGAAAGAAAUUGCACGACGAGAGAAGCAGCAGAGAUGGACAAGACGUGAGGAAUCAGAUUUCUACCGAGUAGUGUCAACCUUUGGAGUGGAGUUUGAUCCUGACACCCUCCACUUCCACUGGGGUCGAUUCCGCACAUUUGCCCGCUUGGACAAAAAAACAGAUGAAAGCCUUACCAAGUAUUUCCAUGGUUUUGUGGCCAUGUGCCGACAGGUCUGCCGCCUACCUCCUGCUGCUGGAGAUGAAUCCCCAGACCCUACUCUAUUCAUUGAGCCCAUCACAGAGGAGAGGGCCUCUCGCACCCUUUUCAGAAUUGAAUUGCUUCGGCGAUUACGGGAACAAGUACUAUGCCAUCCAUUAUUAGAAGACCGAUUGGCAUUGUGCCAGCCCCCAGGCCCUGAACUUCCCAAGUGGUGGGAACCAGUUCGACAUGAUGGGGAACUUCUCCGAGGGGCAGCCCGCCAUGGGGUGAGCCAAACAGACUGCAAUAUUAUGCAGGACCCAGACUUCUCUUUCCUGGCUGCCCGUAUGAAUUACAUGCAGAGCCAACAGGCAGGGGCACCAGCUCCAUCCCUGUCACGCUGUUCUACCCCACUGCUACACCAACAAUAUGCCUCGAGCACUGCCUCGCCACUGCCCCUGCGUCCAGAUGCUCCUACUGAAAAGCUACCAGAGGAGGCAGCAACCCGUGUCCCCAGCCUGGAGAGUCUGGCCUUAAAACUAGAGCAUGAGGCGGUGGCCAAAAACAGGCCAACCCCACAAGACUAUGAGUUACGGGUAGUCCCCUCUGAUCCUACCCCCAUGGCUUCCCAAAGUGUUCCACCAGUCAAACUGGAGGAAGAGGAUGAUUCGGACUCUGAGCUGGACUUAAGCAAACUGUCACCAUCCUCCUCCUCUUCUUCCUCUUCAUCCAGCUCCAGCUCUAGCACUGAAGAUAGUGAAGAUGAAAAGGAAGAAAAGCUGAGUGCUGACCAGUCCUGCUCCAAACUCUAUGAUGAAGAAAGUCUCAUGUCCCUCACUAUGUCCCAGGAUGGAUUCCCUAAUGAAGAUGGAGAGCAAAUGACUCCUGAGCUAUUGCUGCUUCAGGAGAGGCAGAGAGCUUCUGAAUGGCCCAAGGAUCGUGUCCUGAUAAACCGCAUUGACCUCGUCUGCCAGGCUGUCCUCUCAGGGAAAUGGCCCUCCAGCCGCCGGAAUCAAGAAAUGGUGACUGGAGGGUCACUGGGACAAGGCAACCAUCUGCUAGAUAGUCCUCUGCUGGCUCCAGGCGAAUAUGGUGAUUCACCUGUACCCACCCCUCGAAGCAGUAGUGCAGCUUCAAUGGCAGAAGAGGAGGUGGCUGCUGUCAGUACUGCUGCUGCCCAGUUCACAAAACUUCGAAGGGGCAUGGAUGAAAAGGAAUUUACAGUCCAGAUCAAAGAUGAAGAAGGAUUGAAGUUGACAUUUCAGAAGCACAAGUUGAUGGCCAAUGGAGUGCUAGGAGAUGGACAUCCACUGUUCCAUAAGAAGAAGGGGAGCCGAAAGAAGUUGGUGGAGCUGGAGGUGGAGUGUAUGGAGGAGCCCCAUCACCUUGAUGUAGACUUGGAGGCCCGGAUUCCUGUCAUCAAUAAGGUCGAUGGUACUUUGCUUGUGGGUGAAGAUGCCCCUCGUCGGGCUGAGCUGGAGAUGUGGUUACAGGGUCAUCCAGAAUUUGCUGUUGAUCCUCGGUUCCUAGCUUAUAUGGAAGAUCACCGAAAACAGAAAUGGCUCAGAUGUAAAAAACCCAAUAAGGCAGAGAUGGGUUGUUUGGGAAUGGAACAAGUGCAAACAGUCAAUUCUCGGAAUGGAAAGAAGGGUCAUCUCCCUGACACUAUGUUCAACCGGGUCUUACCAGGCCCUGUUGCACCAGACAAUAGCAAGAAGCGAGCCCGCAGGGUACGGCCAGACCUCUCCAAGAUGGUGGCCCUGAUGCAGGGUGGGGGUUCUGGACCCCUGUCUUUGCAUAGUACCUUCCAGCAUGGUAGCAGUGGCUUACAACCUGUGUCAGCACUAGGUCACAGCAGUGCCACCUCUACAUCUUUGCCUUUUGUGCCAUUUGUGAUGGGAGGCACAGUCUCAUCCCCUCACGUAGACUCCAGCACAAUGCUUCAUCACCAACAUCACCACCACCACCAUCACCACCACCAUCACCACCACCCAGGCCUGAGAGCUUCUAGCUACCCUUCCACGCCAGCUACCACCACCUCUGCAGGCACAACCCUCAGGUUGCCGCCGCUGCAACCUGAGGAGGAAGAGGAGGAGGAGGAAGAGGAAGAAGAGGAAGAAGAUGAGGAGGAAGAAGAUGAUGACUUAUCUCAGGGCUAUGAUAGCUCAGAAAGGGACUUCUCACUCAUUGAUGACCCUAUGAUGCCAGCCAACUCGGACUCCAGUGAAGAUGCUGAUGACUGAGGUCCCAGCAUGGUCCCCACUGCUUUAGUGGCUGCUGAAUUUCUUUCAUUCACUCUGGCCCUUGGACUAUGGAAAAAAGAAAGGGGCAGGAGAGAGAUGGGAAAACCCAGGACUUGGGGAGGUGGAAAAGAAAAAGAAAACUUAUACCUAAUUGCUCCCAAACAUGAGAGGAUUGGGUGGGCAGGGGAACUCAUCAAAUAAUACAUAACCACUUCCUCAUUUCUGGGGAAGGAAUGGAGACUGGAGCAGCUGGUGUGCUCAUUUACCCCUUCCCUGGACACCUCCAUUAACAACAGACUGUAGCGCUGGCCCCAGCCUCUGGCAGAGCCUGUUCCUGCUGGAACUGUGGAUACAGGCUAGAGGGUCAGGAACUGUUACCUUCCUUCCCCUUGACAUUAAUAAAUUUAAGUUAAUCCUU